AGAAGGGGUCUGGAGAAACUGCAGCGCUCUACCCUUCUCUGGGAUUUUGGGAGCCAGUCCCUAUUGUUCAGAUCCCUCCUCCUGCUUGGGAAGUGGGAGGACCCGCAAAGGCGUCGCAAAAGGGAGAAUUGUUUGAGAGCUCAGUCAUCCAAAAACGGCCUUUCAAUGUGAGAACUUGGGGAGCCGAAGAAAAUGUCGGUGGCAUCGCAGUAAAUUACUAAAGCAGCAACGCUUUAGAUGGUAAAAAGAAGCAAACUAGUCUUACUUUGGGAACUAAACGCGACGAAAGACACUCGGAGUGAAGGGAAAAUCGAGGUGUGUGCACCAAGUAGAACGGUUUUGAGGCAGUGCAUGGAAGAUGUCUGGAAAGCGAGGUUGGACUCCAUGGAUGAGAAAGAAAAAGGCUCCAGUGUUGUGUGCUCUGGGGGCUGUGCUUCUGUGCUGCCUGCAGAACAGCACAUCUCUUUCUGAUGAGGUGCCUGUGUUCAUGGAGGAGCCUUUGUCCGUGGUGCAGAAGUUGGGGGGCAGUGUGACCCUGCGCUGCAGUGUGAAGCCCACCUCGGCCAACAUCAGCUGGAGGCUGAAUGGAGUGGAGGUGGGACAGAGCGACCUGGGGGUGUUACUGGGGGUCAGCAGCCUCUUCAUCCCGACUCUCACCAACACAACCCUGGGCAGAUAUCAGUGUGUGGCCAGCACGGCUGCUGGAGCUCUGGCCAGUGUCCCUGCAAAUGUCACCGCUGCCAAGUUGAGAGACUUUGAGCCUGACGACCAGCAGGAGAUCGAGGUGGACGAGGGCAAUACCGCUGUGAUCGAAUGUCAUGUCCCCGAAAGCCAGCCGAAAGCUCAGGUCCGCUACAGUGUCAAACAGGAAUGGCUGGAGACUUCCAAAGGCAACUACCUGAUCAUGCCUUCAGGGAACCUCCAAAUAGCCAACGCCACGCUGGAGGAUGAGGGGCCAUACAAAUGUGCUGCUUACAACCCCAUCACGCAGGAGGUCAAAACAUCCACCUCAGCUGACCGCCUGCGCAUACGACGCUCCACAUCGGAGGCAGCUCGGAUCAUUUACCCUCCGGACUCUCGCUCCAUCAUGGUGACUAAAGGCCAGCGCCUGGUGCUGGAGUGUGUGGCCAGUGGAAUUCCCACUCCACAGGUCACAUGGGCCAAAGACGGACUGGACCUACACUCACACAACAACACACGCUUCCUGCUCAGUAACCUCCUGAUUGAUGCUGUCAGCGAGGACGACUCUGGGACCUACAUUUGCAGAGCGGACAACGGCAUUGGCUCUGCGGGCCUGGCCACAGUGCUCUAUGAUGUACAAGUGUUUGAACCCCCUCAGGUGAUGGUGGAGUUGCAGCAACAGGAGGUUGUGUUUGGGGAGCUGGUGCGCAUCACAUGUCAGGCACGUGGGAAACCUGCUCCAUCUGUGAUGUGGCUCCAUAAUGCCCAGCCCCUCUCCCUUUCUCCUCGCCAUCGCCUGUCUCCUCGAGGACUCCGCAUCUCCAACGUGGGACCUCAGGACACAGGCAUUUACCAGUGCAUGGCAGAGAAUGGUGUGGGCAGUGCGCAGGCAUCUGCACGUCUUAUCACUGUAGCAGCAGGGCCUUCUUCCAGGCCGAAACUGCCCUCCAUUUACCGUCCCCUGAGCCCGGAUAAGGUCCUGAGGGAGCAGCCGCCCGUGAGAGCAGGCAACAAAGGGGCCACACUGCCCCUGGACUGCUCUGAGCUUCCGGGACAGGUCAGUCCAGCUGAGGCACCCAUCAUCUUGAGUCAGCCACGCACUGGAAAAGCCGACUAUUACGAGCUCACAUGGAGGCCCCGACAUGAGCGGGGCACCCCUGUACUGGAGUACAUGGUCAAAUACAGGAAAGUAGGAGUGCCCCUGGGAGAGUGGACAUCCAGCAGCAUCUCGGGCUCACUCCAUAAACUGACUCUGGCCAAACUACAGCCAGACAGUUUGUAUGAAGUGGAAAUGGCAGCCAAAAACUGUGCUGGUUUAGGACAACCUGCCAUGAUGACUUUCAGAACUGGAAAAGGCCGUAAAGGCAUUGGAAGCCCAAUUGAUCCACCCAAAACUCCUGCUGUUCCUUCGCCAAGCCUUUCUCCUCCCGAAGCUCCAGACAAGCCCACAGUCUCCACGGCGUCAGAGACUUCGGCCUACGUCACUUGGAUCCCGCGUGGCAACCGAGGGUUCCCCAUCCAGUCGUUUCGGGUAGAAUACAAGAAGGUGAGGAAGGCUGGAGAAGACUGGGUCACUGCGGUGGAAAACAUCCCUCCGUCACGACUCUCUGUGGAGAUUACUGGUCUGGAGAAAGGGACAUCUUACAAAUUUCGGGUUGUGGCUGUGAAUGUGAUUGGCUCCAGCCCACCCAGCGCCCCGUCCAAAGCCUACACAGUGGUAGGUGGAAGAACUCAUGAACGCCCUGUUGUGGGACCUUACAUCACUUACAAUGAAGCCAUCAAUGAGACCACGAUUAUCCUUAAAUGGACUUACACGCCAGUAAACAACACGCCCAUUUAUGGUUUCUACAUUCACUACCGGCCCACUGACAGCGACAAUGACAGUGACUAUAAGAAGGAUGUGGUCGAGGGAGAUAGAUACUGGCACUCCAUCACAGACCUCCAGCCCGAAACCUCAUACGAUAUCAAAAUGCAGAGUUUUAAUGAGAAGGGGGAGAGCGAAUUUGGAAAUGUAGUCAUUAUGGAAACCAAAGCAGCUAUUCACAAUGCUCCGAGCACUACUCCAUUAGAGGUUCCAUUUCACCCAGAGAGAUAUCCAAAUGUGCCACGGCCUGGAGACUUACCAUAUCUUACCUUAGUUUUCAUCGUCCUGGGAGCCUUUGUUUUCAUCAUUGUUGCGUUCAUACCUUUUUGCCUUUGGAGGGCGUGGGCCAAACAAAAGCAAACUGCAGACCCUAGUUUCCCUGCUUUGGCCACUCCUGUGUCCACCUGUCAGUACACCAUGGUCCCCCUCCAUGGGCUUGCACUGGUGGGACAGUGCCCGAUGGAUACUCACAUGACUGCUCCUCAUGUGGUUUACCCAACAAAUGAAGAGUACACGUCAAACGGAAAACCUCACCAUGCUACACAGUGUCUACCAGGACUGCAGCAGGAGGAGAUGGAAAGUGAGGCAGAGGGUGAUACUCUGUUACCACAGCCUGUUCCUAAUGGACAUCUGCCUGUUUAUCACUGUUCUGCAAGCUCGCAUCCACAGCACUGCUGCCCUUCAUAUAACUCAGCCUUUCUGCUCCUUGAUCCGUCACAUCAGGCUGUAACUUCACUGGAACUAGACGAUGACGGGACAUUUUGUGAGGACCCUCCUGAAUACAGCUUAACUAAAAGAACUACUUCCUUCCCUUUACUCUCUCUAGAAGAUGAAGGGGUCUUCACUAGAGCGUCUUCUGUGGCCACAACACCUCAGUCCCAAGAUACAAAUAUAAAGGAUGUGAGCCUCCUCCCAAAUGAGGUCUCGCCUCAUGAAGGGACAGCCAGUGUAACAGAUGCAUAAAAGACUGUUCAACAAAUAGAUGAGAAGAUAUUUAUUUUUGUAUUGGAGUUAUUUAUAUAUUUAUUAUUUUGUACAUAAAUGUUUCAUAUUCUGUAUAUAUGGAUAUUUUCAUAUUGAAAAAUACUUUUAUUCUUACACUCGACUCUGAAUGGACUACAUCCUGAGGAGGAUUAAGGUCCUUGUGCUAUAUGUGAAGAAGACCAAUCAGAUCUGAAAUUAUCAACAUUGUGUUGAGCACUUCUGUUAUUUUAAAUCGCUUCUUGUCCCAUUCCUGUUUUGUUUUUGGAGUAAGUAGCUUUAUGUGCAUCACACAUGGCCAAAUUCAUUUUAGAAUUACAAGGGGCUUUAUUGCUGUGCACCCCUAAAAAUGUUACCAA